UCAGAUAGCGUCAUUUUAUAGUUUCUUCGUACCUAGUUGUUUUAUCAUUUUGUAACAGUUAUAAUGCCUAAAGUUGCGAAAGAUCCUCACGAGGGCAUACCCUACCACAACGUCAGGAAAGGAAGCGACCCUGGCUGCUACCAACUUCACAGGCCCUCACAAUGCCGCCUAAAAUUCCCAAUCUCAAAGCGUUCCAUCCACAAAUGCGAGGUGCCGAAAAGAGAGUACACCAUGGUCCCGCAAAUCGGUGGUUGGCGUCCUCUGUUAGUGCCGAAGACCGAACCGAACUUCUAUCCAGCUAUCAUGCAUAAGGAGCAAUUCGAAAGGUUGAAGAAACAAGCUAAAAUCGUAACCCAAGAGGAGCUCCUCCAAGCCAUGCACGAUCAAGAAGCGGCAAUCCAGAAGGCCGCCAAAGAGUCCGAGGCGCGGAAGCAGCUUCUGAAGGAGAAACUCAUGCCGCAGCCCGGAGCCGAGACGGCUACCGGCGCCGCGGACCCGGAACUCGAAGGGCCGGACCAGACUGCUCACACCCUGUCAAGAGCUGAGAUUCUGCGGGCGGACAACAUGCAGGGUCCCCGUCUCUGCAACCGCAUCAUCCUGGCGUCCAAGUGUCACGCCAUCAGAGACGCUCAGAUCGCGGAGAAGGACCUCAUCAAGAAGGAGCUCGAUGAGGAACAACAGAGACUCGAUGCCAUUAUGGAGGAGAAUCGUAAAGCAGCGGUACAUCGCUCGGAGACGGAGGAGGCUCGUCGCCACCACCUCCGCCUUCAGAACCUGGCAGCUCUGAAAGAACAGAUUCAGGCUCACGAACAAGCCAAGAUAAUGGAGGCUGAGCGUAUUGAAGAGGAGAGCAUACGAGUGAACCAAGCCAACAUAGCGAUGCAGAUCGAUGAAGCCCAGAAACUCAAAGAGAAACACGAGAGGCAGUUGAAGCUUAAGGAAAUGCUCGAUCAAGGUAACGCAGAACUUCUCUACUUCAAGCAAUUACAAAACGAAGAGGAACGUAUAAUGAACUUGAGGAUCUCUAACUUCUUAAAGCAGAAGCAAGAGCGAGAGGCCAAAGCCAGGGCUGAUGCUGAGGCCGUUAAGGCUGCUAAGCAGAAGGGCAUCGACCACAUCGCUAAGGCGCAGAAGGCAGAGCAAGAGCUGAAAGAAGAGUUAGAGAGGAUACGGAACUUGAAGAUACAGGAGGACGUUGAGAGGGAGUACAGGAGGAAAGAGAGGGACGCCGCUAUCAAGAGGAACAAGGAGAUGAAACAAUUACACGAAGCUAGGGUUCAGCAGAUCAAAGACAUACAUCGUCUCAUUGCGAGAGAGAUUGCGAAAGAUGAACAAAGCUUCAACAACGCCGCCCGACAGAACGAAGAGUUCAUACAGAAAGAGAAGGAGCUUGAUGAGAAACGUAAAGCUCGCGUCGAGAAGCACAGGCAAGAGAUCAUGCGGCAGAUUAACGAGAAGGAACGCGCUCGUGCUGAGCUGAGAGAGAAGCUGCAGAGGGAAGGAGUCGCUCUCAGGAUGGAGCAGCAACAGCAGGAUAAAUACGAAAGAAAUGUCAUUAAGCAGAAGGUGGCCGCCAUGAGACAGCAGAAGGUAUCUGAGAAGUACGUCAAGGAAGUCGAGCAGACACUAGGGAAACAUGGAUAUCAAUAAAGAAACGCCUUAGCAUUGUAAUGCAUUUGUAAUGUUGAGUUUAUAUUUAGAUCAGUGUUUGUCAGCUUUUGGUGGGACCUUCAUCGCAAUUCGUAAUGUUUGGAUCAUUCCGUAAAUUUAAUGAUGUGCUCAAAAUUACGAUUGAAGAAACUAUCACCUCUAUAUUUAGAAAAGAAGCAAUGUAAAUUUUGCAAACUAAUAUUAAAAAACUUUUUUUGACAACAUUGCGUUCUUCAAUCAGGAACUUUGCAUUGGCAACAAUAAAUACCACAUCGAACCAGCGGUCGGCAAUAGCGUCCACUGCGCCGCUGCCUGGGAUCUACCUUGAUAAAAUUAAUUUAGUUUGAUAUAUUGACGUAGUUAUAGCACCGGUUUCACCUGCAUCAAAUUUUAACUGGAAUGCGAUGCAACAUUUUUUUUUGCAUGAUAUUGUGUGAAGCCAGUUUAUAAGCUGCUUUUAUAGUAGCAGUAUGGAGGGUAGAAGUAAUGAGCACAAUCUCAGUGUAUUAAAGUGUUCGCUAAAAGGGACUCAAUUAAGAUGGCGCCACUGUAGCAAGUGGAAAGAUUAAAAAAACAGCGCCAUCAACUAUUAGAGUAAGAUACUAAAUUGAGAACAGAAACGCUUCCUACGUAAAUAGUAAUUACAAAUAAAUAGUUUUGAGAUUUUCAAUACUGCAUAUUUUUUAACUACAAAGGUCAUGAAAAAUAUUAAAUUUGUCACUCCAACACACUUCUUCAUUAAGUUUAAAACUGCUAUUCAUUUUAUCUACUCCCCACACUAGCGCUAUUUCGAUGAGUCUUCCAACAAUAACUUGCUGUAGACAGGUGGACUUUUUCAACUUAACCUUUAUACAAGAUGGCGCUUCUUACUUCUACCCUCAAUAUGUCGCAGCGAAGCAAACAUCAUGUAUUCCAACAAGAA